UCAACCAGCAGCGUUUGUUCCUGUAGCGCUGUGUGUCUGUGAGGGAGGGGGGAUUCUGAGGCGGACCGCCCCCCCCAGCAGACGCCUCCCCCCCCCAGCCCCGGAGGCAGGUGGCCAGGCUUCGGUCAGCUCGCUGAUCGCUUCGCUCGGUUAUAGAUCAGCUCACCUGGGCUGGAGCAGAACCAGCAGCCGCCUUCCGUCUCCACGUCUCUUCGGUUCCUCACGGGAAGAUGCUCCGUGUCCGGCUGCUGCUGGGCCGGUCCUGCAGGGGGUUCAGAACCUUCUCGGCUGCAGCCGUGGAGGUGAAGAAUGAACCCAUCCUGGGCUUUGAGGCGGGGAGUCCAGAACGGGCCGAGCUGCAGAAGGCUCUGGACAGCCUGAAGGGGAAGACGGAGGAGAUCCCCUGUGUGGUCGGAGAUGAACACGUUUGGACCAGAGACGUCCGAUACCAGCUGUCUCCCUUCAACCACUCACACAGGGUGGCCAAGUUCUGCUACGCUGACAAGGAGCUGAUCAAUAAGGCCAUCCAGGCCUCGGUGGCAGCCAGGAAGGAGUGGGACCUGAAGCCGGUCCAGGACCGGGCCCAGAUCCUCUUCAAGGCUGCCGACCUCAUCAGCGGACCCAGGAGAGCCGAGAUCGUGGCCAAGACCAUGAUUGGACAGGGUAAAACGGUGGUUCAGGCUGAGAUCGACGCCGCCGCAGAGCUCAUCGACUUCUUCAGGUUCAACGCCAAACACGCCGUGGAGCUGGAGUCCCAGCAGCCAAUCAGCACCAAGGAGAGCUCCAACACGGCGCUGUACCGCGGGCUGGAGGGCUUCAUAGCAGCUGUGGCUCCCUUUAACUUCACCGCCAUCGGAGGAAACCUGGCAGGGACUCCCGCCCUCAUGGGUAACGUGGUCCUGUGGAAGCCCAGCGACACGGCCGUCUCUGCCAGCUACGCCGUCUACAGAGUCCUGCGUGAGUGCGGCCUGCCCCCCAACAUCGUCCAGUUCCUGCCUGCUGACGGCCCCGUCUUUGGAGACGCCGUCACCGCCUCACCGCACCUGGCGGGGAUCAACUUCACCGGCAGCGUGCCGACCUUCAAGCGUCUGUGGAAGCAGGUGGCCCAGAACCUGGACGUCUACAGGACGUUCCCCCGCCUGGCCGGAGAGUGCGGAGGGAAGAACUUCCACUUCGUGCACUCGUCUGCAGACAUCCAGAGCGUGGUGAUGGGAACCAUCCGCUCAGCGUUUGAGUACGGAGGCCAGAAGUGCUCGGCCUGCUCCAGGAUGUACGUUCCUGACUCCACGUGGCCGCAGAUCCGAGAGCAGCUGCUGGACGUGCACAGGAAGAUCCGCGUGGGAGAUCCGGUGGAGGACUUCAGCACCUUUUUCUCUGCAGUCAUAGAUGACAAGUCCUUCGCCCGGAUAAAGAGGUGGUUGGACCACGCCAAGUCCUCUCCAAACCUCAGCAUCAUCGCUGGAGGAAACUGUGAUGAUCGGAAAGGUUACUUUGUGGAGCCGACCAUCAUCGUGACCAAAGACCCUCAGGACCCCAUCAUGAACGAGGAGAUCUUUGGACCGGUCCUGACCGUCUACGUCUAUCCAGAGAAGAACUACCAGGAGGUUCUGCGGCUGGUUGACGGCACGUCGCCGUACGCUCUGACAGGAUCCGUGUUCGCCAGCGAUCAGAAGGUGAUCGAGGAGGCCGCCAGAGUCCUGAGGCACGCUGCGGGGAACUACUACGUCAACGAUAAAUCCACCGGAUCCGUCGUGGGCCAGCAGCCGUUUGGAGGAGCCAGAGCUUCAGGCACCAACGAUAAACCUGGAGGACCUCACUACGUCCUGAGGUGGACGUCUCCUCGGGUGGUGAAGCAGACCCACGUCCCCCUCACAGAGUGGAAGUACCCCUACAUGGGCUGAAGACCCCCCCCCCCCCACUGCUCCACCCGUCUGUCCUCCCUCCGUCCCUCUACCCGUCCCUCCGUCCAUCAUCUCUGUCCUUCCGUCUCUUCUUCCUGUCUGUCCAUCGGCUGACUCCCUGAAGACGGACCUCUGGUGUCCUCCUGGCCUCCGUCUGUCCCUCUGGGUUCUGGAGCUGGACGUUUGUCCAUCAGAGCAGGAGGACGUCCUCUGAGGUCAAGGCUGGAGGCUCCGUCAGCUGAUCAGUGGACCGGGUCAGAACCGCUGAUGGACCUUCUCAAUGUUUCUGUUGCAGUGAUUCAGUCUGACGCUAAUUAAGAAAAGCUGCUGAUAGAUUUUAAUCAGUCGG